CCGCCUUUCUUGCGUCUUGACUGGGCCAGAACCACAUUCAUUCACCCACCCACAUACCUCUGCCGGCAAUGUUUGCAGCCCGCCUUCUCCCCCGCCGUCUCUGCCGGCCGGUCCAGGCUACCCUCCGCCAAACCCGUGCACUAACCCUCCCGCAGCCCACACCGCGCCGUCCACCCCCCUUCCACAGGCCCCCAUCCCCCAGCCGCGAGGAACUCCAUGCCACCAAGCACCGCCAAACAAUCCUUACCAUUGGUGCAGUGACAUCAAUGAUAGCGCUCUACGUCCUAGCAAAACAAUCCCCCCAACAGUCGCUAGACUCCCUCCCUCACCCCCCUAUACAACCCGGCGCCCCGGUGAUACUGACAACGGACGAGGAGAAGCGUGCAGGGGUAGAACUAGUCCCCUCCGGAACCACCAGUGUGCCGGACUUUCCUAAGCAUUUGGAGAUCGAGGAUAAAGAGUACACACUGGUAGGACUGGGUAUUCGCACGGUCAGUUUUUUGGGGAUUCAAGUGUACGUGGUGGGGUUGUACGUGUUGACGUCAGACCUACCUGCCCUAUCAACAUACCUCCUCCAAUAUGCUGCCCCUAGCGGGGCCACUAGCACUAUCGCCUCCGAAAGAGACUCUCUCCGCGCGCUCCUCCUCUCGCCAGAACACAGCGAACGAAUCUUCACCACGCUCCUGAAAAAUUCUCACAUCUCCACCGCUUUGCGGAUAGUUCCUACCCGAAACACUGACUUCUCGCACCUCCGCGACGGGUGGGUCCGCAGUAUUACCGCCCGGGCCAAGCAGGGUGGUGUGUACGAGGAUCCCGGGUGGGCUGCUGCAUUAGAUGAGUUCAAGCGGCUGUUUGGCGGGCGUGGAAGCGUGCCGAAGAAGAAGACUUUGUUAUUGGUUAGGAAUGGAGAGGGGAGGAUGACGUGCUGGUAUGAUCCGCAGGGGAGGGGGGACGGGAAGCUGGGAAGCGGGACCAUGAUGCUGGGGGAUAUUCGGGAUUACAGGGUUGGGUUAGCACUUUGGUUGGGCUAUCUUGCUGGGGAGAAGGUUGCUAGUGUUCCUGCCAGGGAGAGUAUGGUGGAGGGGCUGGUGGAAUUGGUGGGGAGGCCGGUAGGGAGUGUGGUUUAGGAUUGGUUGUCGUACCCAAUUAAUUGGGCGAGAAGUGUAAUUGAGUUAGAUGGUUGGUCGGGUGUGGUGGUGGGUCGAGAAUGUUGGUAUCACUCUAUCGGGUUCCCUUCCCCCCCUCUUUUUUUCUGAUUAGAGGGGAAAAAAAAGGGUGAUUGUUGUGACAUUGUUUGUUCAUUCAAUAAAUUUAUUAUCCUUGUUACGCCGACCCGGCCUCAACAAGCUCAGAAGUCUUCGGGACUACUUGAAAGUGUUGAAACAUACUUCUCGCACUACUGCAGUGUUACUCCUACUACUGAUACUUUCUCCUUGCAUUAAACCUGUUGGCACAUCUAGACCUCCUGGACUAUUGAAGAUACCUCCUUGCCUUUCUCACACACCGCUUUUCUCUAUUAUUAUUAUUGUUCGCUCAAGCUAUUUGUCUUGCUCUAAAACAGUCUUGCUCUAAAACAGUAGAUA